AUGAGUCAAACCUCAGCAGACCAAAGUGCAGCCACGAAAGCAUUGCAGCGGAGGAUUUCUUCGUCUCCCAACUUCACAUGGUUGCGGGAUCUGAUUCGGUGUGACACAGGCGAACACGCUGGUUCACAAGCGUUGGCAUCAACACUGAUCGGCUUAUACUUCUCAGCUUCCUGGUGUCCGCCUUGCCAUUACUUCGCCCCGAUAUUGGCACAGGCUUACAAGCAAAUUCGUGACACCCACGGUGCAAGCUCUUUUGAAGUUGUCCUGAUUCCCUUGGAUACCGACGAGAACAUGUGGCAACUUCACAUGGCCAAAAUGCCAUGGAUGUCUCUGCCGUUGAAAAACAGAGAAGCGAUUGUCAAGCUGUUCACGACGUUUUGCGUGACCGAGGCUCCGCGCCUGGUGAUUCUUGACUCCACAGGCACCGUGUUAUUCGGGAGAAUGCUCGGGGAGGAGAAGGCACUCUUCACGGCUUGCUUGGCAUGGAUAUGCUUCCGUGUUGUGGCUUUCAGCUGUGUCUCCGUCAUUUGGCUGCGCUCCAGAACAGAGCCCACGCAUAUCGUGUUGGCAAUACACGCGCUCAGCUGGGUGUGGGAGAUACGGGUUGUGCUCGCUGCAACACGUGGCUACAGCGCGUGGUCGAACUGGACAGGAGCUCUGGGACUGUCGGAAGCGCAGACGGGGACGAUUCAACGUGCUGGCAACAAGUUCCUGCAGGCAGUCGAUGUUGCCAAGAAUCAUGCAGAGAGAGGAUUACGAGAAGGAGUUUCUCAGGUCCGUGCAGCGGUGGACCGACAGAUGCAAAGCACGGCAAGCUCCUCACAGCCCACGCACGGACGAUUCCAAAAGCAACCUUCGAGACAUGAUUUGCCAAGCAGUGCAGUCAGUGUUCGGGUUUGUACCUGGAACCUUCACGGGUGUGCCGUUGAUCCGGAAGAUGACAUUCGACCCUGGCUUUUCUCGGGCGGGAAGCAAGCGGACAUCUACAUCGUUGGUAUUCAGGAGCUCGUGGAACUUGGACCAAUGUCUGUUCUCAUGAACACCGACGGCCAUGAAGAGAGGCAAUCUGAGCUGGAGCACAGAAUAGAGGCCGCACUGGCUGGAACUGGACUUCAUUACCUGAAGAUCUGCAGCUUCGGCAUGGUGGGCUUGUCCCUCUUGGCCUAUGCCAAGGAGGAUCUGCAGGACUUUGUCGCCGCGAUCGACUGCGACAGAGUGAAGACCGGCAUCGAGGGAUUGAGCGGGAACAAGGGCGGCCUCUGUGUCAGAUUCCUGCUGGGAUCCAUGUCUCUCUGCUUCGCCAACGUCCAUCUGCCAUCGGGAACUGGCAAAGCCGACGAACGGAACGAUCAUCUCAACGAGGUGCUGUCUUAUGCAUUUCAGGGGACAUCCCGAAACGGUUCCACGAGACCAGCAAAGAAUGGCUUUCACAGAGCUUCUCUUUACACAGCCGUGGAGCACGAUUUGACGAUCGUUUUCGGUGACCUGAACUCCCGGCUCGCGGACCUGCCAGACGAUGGAUUCCCGAAAGGACCACCCGAGGCAUGGCUGCUGUACGAUGAGCUGCUGACAGGCCGAAUCAGGUGUGCCAGGUCCCUGGGCUUCCGCGAGGCAGAAGUGACCUUUCCGCCCACCUACAAGUAUGUGGUGGGAGGAGGUGAUUUAAGCCCUGCUCGCACGCCAGCAUGGUGUGAUCGUGUGAUCUAUCGAUUCGAGCCCUCGGCCACUGACGUCGCAAAGAGGGUCUUGAAUCCGAGCAUCGUGCAGCAUGAGGUGGAGGUGGUGGAGUACGACUCUUACGGCGAUCUCAGAAGGACGAGCGAUCACCGUCCCAUCGCCGCCACCUUCAGGAUAAGCAUUCCGGACGAAGAGUUGAGGGCGUGA